AUGGUAUGCAGGGUCCAUACUCUUCAGAUUGUGAUUGAUGAGCGUCUAUCAUCAGCCUCUUCACAUCACCUAGUAGGAGCUUUAUGCUCCCUACCUAACCUGACUAACCUGACACUGAGAGGAGUUUGUGACCAGGAGGAGUUCUGUUCUCAUCUGAAUGAGAAGGCUUCAACCUUGAAGGUCCAUACUCUUGAGAUUUGGAAUGAUAAGCGUCUAUCAUCAGCCUCUUCACAUCACCUUGUAGAAGCUGUAUGCUCCCUACCUAACCUGACUAACCUGACACUGAGAGGAGUUUGUGACCAGGAGGAGUUCUAUUCUCAUCUGAAUGAGAAGGCUUCAACCUUGAAGGUCCAUACUCUUGAGAUUUGGAAUAAUGAGCCUCUAUCAUCAGCCUCUUCACAGCACAUAGCAGAAGCGUUAUGCUCCCUACCUAACCUGACUAACCUGACACUGAGUGGAGAUUGUGACCAGGAGUUCUAUUCUCAUCUGAAUGAGAAGGCUUCAACCUUGAAGGGUUCUUUCCCUCAGAUCAGCAAAGGAAAUUUCAAGUUCAAUGAAAAGCCUCAGAAGGAUCUUCAAUCAUUCCUACAAGCAGUCAGUGACUUGACACGCGAAAUGGAAGCUCUCUAUGAGUCUCUGAGUCUUCCUUAGACGAAUUUGAAACUUCUUCUGAGUCUUCCUUAGACGAAUAUUUUGAUGCAUGAUGUGACUCUGCAACAAGUACAGUCAAGAUCUAUACAACGGCAAUCCACAACCAUCUAAUUGAUCUCCAUGAGGCAGUCAUAUCCUACAAUGGUUUGUUUUAGAGCUGUGAUAUGUAUGAACCCAUUUUAUUUUUAAUUCUUUGAAUAUUAUUAUGAUGUGAAACCAAUUUUCACCAGAGGCAAAUAUGAAGUAGUAUAUAUGGUAAGGAUAGACCACAUUGGUGAUUGACAGGUGUCAAUCACAAUGGUCAAUCAAUACUCAGCUCGGCUAUAUGUCUGGGUACGUUUAUGGAAGCGUUGUAUAUACAUUCGUACACUCUUAAAAAUAUUGGUAGAGGUGACAUGAUUGAAAGCACUUCAUUGCAGCGUACAUUGUUCUGUUUUGACGGCGUUACAGCAAUGUUACGGCAAAGUCAUGAAAUAAAUUUUUAUUUUUGUUGAUAGAAGGCGUUUAAUCACAUCAAUUUGUCCAACAACAAAGCACAAGAAAGGGAGAAAAAACACUUGCAAAAAUAAAUUUCACAUCAGCAAAUUUUGUUAUUUUAAUUCAAGUAUGAAACAAGAUAUUAACAAGCAAUGCAGAUUUCAAAUCUGUAGGUAUCAGAAAGUACAUUCGUAUUAAUAUAUUUGGUCACUCUCUUGGAACGUAUCAGCAUAUGAUGGAAAAAUAUCAUUUUAUCAUGAUCAUAAUACAGGUACAGCUUUCUACAGUCUACAAGGUUUGUUGUGUAUAAUUAUGUGCACUAGUUGUCGCUUUCUUCAAUCCCUUCCAUCUCUUCUUCAUCCUCCUCU